UGUGUCUCUGUGAAAAUCAACAACAGAUAGAAACAGGUUACUCGCAGACUUGGGUGGACUUCUUCUGAGACUAUUCAAGACAGUAAUCAAAAGGUAAACGAGUAGAGAUAAAAAACGAACAGAGGUGCUUGAAUGCGAGAGCCUGACUUACAACGCAUUUCUCCGCGUGCUCUGAGCUGGCUGGCUGGCUGAAGGGGGGCGAACCUCGCUUACUGUUAAUGAAACUUUGUUUCGAAUUUCGGCCUGGGAUUCUUGUUCACCAUGUUAAGAUAAAAACAAGAGGGUCGGUGUUAAAGAUGCUAAAGCGCCUGGACAAGAUCCGGUUCAGAGGGCAGAAGCGUGAUGAAUUCCUGGACCUCGCCGAGUCCCCCAACGCGUCAGACAGCGAAUGUAACGAUGACAUCCCCCUGCCAAUGAUGAGGGCUCGACCCUCAAUCAAGGAGACAGAGGAGCCACGAGACCCUGCUGGCCAGGGUGCUCUCAGCAUGGCCGCCGCCAUCCAGGACUUCCAGAGGACCGACUCCGAGCGGCUCAACGAAGUCAAAGGUCACCUGGAGAUUGCCUUACUGGAGAAGCAUUUCCUGCAGGAAGAGUUGCGGAAAUUCAGAGAAGAAACCAACAUUGAGACAUUAAAACAGGACUUGGAAAAGGAGAGAUUGAAAAGGCUGGAGCUGGAACAGAAACUGAACGAGGUGCUCAAGCCAAGAGCGGAAGAUUCCCCACCACAGCCGCCUAGAGCACAACCUCCUGCCGCAAACGGAACAGCAGCAGAAAAACAGAAGGAGACCCUGAGCUCUCGACUGCUGAAGUGGAUGUACGACCGCUUCGGUGUUUACAUCGAGGACUUCCGCUUCCAACAAGAGGAGAACACCGUCGAGGCAGAAGAACCAUUAAGUGCAAAGCGGCUAACGGAGAACAUGCGGCGGCUCAAGCGAGGUGUCAAGCCUGUGACUAACUUCAUGAGGAACCUCUCUGCCUUAUCAAGCUGGCACUCUGUGUACACGUCAGCGAUCUCCUUCAUUAUCUACAUGUAUGCUGCGUGGCAUGGCUGGGCCAUCCCAAUGUUUCUAUUCUUAGCUAUCUUGAGGUUGUCCCUGAACUACCUCAUCUCCAGGGGUUGGCGGAUACAGUGGAGCAUUGUGCCUGAGGUUUCAGAACCUGUGGAACCACCAAAGGAGGACUUGACUGUUUCUGAGAAGUUCCAGCUGGUCCUUGAUGUAGCUCAGAAAGCACAGAACCUUUUUGGAAAGAUGUCUGAUGUCUUGGAGAAGAUAAAGAAUCUCUUCAUGUGGGUGCAGCCUGAGAUCACUCAGAAGCUGUACGUGGGUCUGUGGGUGGCCUUCAUAUCCUCCUGCCUGCUGCCCUACAAACUGAUCGGCUUCAUUGUAGGCCUUUAUGCUGGCAUCAAGUUCUUCGUCAUCGACUUCAUCUUCAAGAGCUGUCCAAAACUGAGGGCCAAGUACGACACCCCCUACAUUGUCUGGACCAGUCUGCCCACCGAUCCCCAGCUGAAGGACCGGAACAACAUCAACCUGUCCAGACGGCUCUCUGGGUUUGAGAAGGUCCAGCCCACGGUUGCCCGGGGCAACCUGGCGGCCAGCGGCGUCCCGGUCGGCUUCAGCCGGGAGGAGGACGGCGGUCGCAUCAACAGCACCAAGAAGGGCGCCUUCCACGAGGUGUUCAACCUGCCCGAGACAGAGAGGCCCUUACAAGUGUGUGACAACGGGUGGCGCUGCUGCUUGAUAAACAGGGAUAGAAAGAUGCCGACCGACUACAUCCGUAAUGGAGUUCUGUUUGUGACCGAAAAUUACCUCUGCUUCGAGAGUUCCAGCUCGAGAUCGAGCUCCUCAAAGAAGAAUAAGGUCAUCAAGCUGGAAGACAUCACAGAUAUUCAGAAGUACAAAGUCCUGUCUGUGCUGCCGGGCUCUGGAAUGGGGAUCUCCAUAGCGACUCCGUACACACAGAAGCCCCUGGUGUUUGGUGCCAUGAUCCACAGAGACGAGGCCUUUGAGGCCAUCUUCACCCAGUACGUGAAGAUCGUCACCACCGCGGGCGCCACCAACCCCGAGCACUAGCCCACAGGUUGCCUCCACCUCCAGCCGCCAUGACCUGACCCACAUCACACAGGAGCAGCCUCCCUCUUCCUUCACCCCCCCACCCCCCUUCUGCCUGGGUACAGAGGGACUGGGCCUCCCUCCCGGAGGGGGCAGAGUGCGUAAGGGAUGUCCCUCCUCUCCCACUGGAUGGAGAGCACACUGGGAAGACCAGCUGCGACUCGUUAGUCUCCCCCCACCAGAGUGUGUAGGACGAUUUCUUUUUUUCUUUUUUUUUUAACUUGUGUGUUAUAUAUGUUGUCUACUCUGCUUUUUUUGAAGGGAGAAUAUACAUGUUUUUUUUAAUGCCAGGCAGUUAGUCUGUGUCUUAACAUUGCAAUGCCAUAACAGAAUAAGGGGGCUGGUCCCUCUGAAACUGUCUGUUGUCUUCCUCUCUUGUCUUUCUCUUCACAAAUGUGUCAUGCAGGUCAUACUGUUUGCAGUCUUUUCCCCCUGUUUUUCUUGUCCUCACAUGUAUGUUGAAAUCACCACUAGCCUUGUUAGCCUUGCCCUGUAAUACCUACAGACACACACACACACACACACACACACACAGCACUUUUGGCAGUAUGUGUUUGUCGAGACAUGAGUAGGCGAGAUAACGUGGUAACAGUACGCGCAUAUUUCGUCUUGAGCAGGAGUACUGAAUGUAAAGGGCACAUACAGUAUGUCGCUCAGCCUCAAACAUCUCCAAGUGGAGACUCGCCGUACUGACUACAUGCUGAUCUGAAGUCAGCCUCCUUACUUCCCCUCUGGUCUGUGCCCCAAAUCAUAGACUGAUCCCUGGAUAGAAGAGAAUGGUGCCCACUGCAACUGUUAACCAUAGCACAUUGAAACUGACUGUAAUUGAAUUGCACUAUUAUUUCAAACUGCCAAUUCAAAAGUCUUCUUAUUACAAAUAGUGAUUUGUUUAAGCAGAAAAGCACAAGGGGGCAUCGCAAGUGACCGGUGUAUAAGCUUAACAUGUGCAAACAGUCAAAAAGGAUUUUCAGUGUCGGUCAGUUUGUAACCCUGUUUAACUGAACAGCGUCUGACAGAUUCAGUCAUUCAGUACCCUGGGUUACUGGGUGUAUGGGUUAAGGGGAUCUCUGCUAUUUAUCUCGGAUAUUUUAACAGUAUAAUUCUGGAAUAUUAUGUUCGGCUUUUUUUGUAUUAUUCUCAUUCUCUUUAACGAGACGUUCUCCAAAUGCUCUCUGUUCUGUACACUCCAUUGAAUUCCACACGGUGGAAGAGGAAUGUAUUCCCAUACAGCGGUUUCCCUGUGGGGUCAAAGAGCGGGACUUUUUUGUUUUUGUUUUAUUUGCUUUCACACUUCCGAUGCCAAACCAUAUGUUUACUAACUUUGUUUGACCAAUGGCUACAAAAUUGGUACAAAAAAUGUGGUGGGGAAAUGGUUUUCCGUCUCUUAACGGGGAAAUGAUAGGGGAAGGCCUUACUGUCUCUCCUGGUCAUCAUCGUCAGUACAUUACUGGCGUACUAACAAUACCUGUUUGUUCAUUAUUCUGUCUCUCCCAUCAGAAUAGCCAAACAUAAGGGAUAACUCUUCACACAAUAUGGAACUGCUUCAGUUGUGCCUGACCAUAAUAGAAGUGAUGCUAUUUCCCUGAUCUGAUACAUGAUAAAGGUGCAGUUGUAGCACAACAAGUAUGGGGGGUUGGAAGUAGAUCUAAGCCAAGGUAUCUCAUAAUCACAGUAUGCUGAAGGUGUUCUGGUGUUGGUCAUGUAUUUCAUGUUUGUUGUUAGAAACACGGUUCCUGUUUACUCAGUCAAUCACCACUAGGAAAUAAAGGUACCCUGGUCUCACUGCCUUGAUCAUUAAUUAACUGCAAAUGCCUUGUGUGUGCUAGAAUGGGAUAGCAUAAUUACUUGAAAGUACUAAAUGGAGUGACGAAAGCUAAACGUCUAACCAGAUCUGCUAGAGGCACAUCUUCUAGGGAUACAUGUCAUUAGUGCUGACGUUUCUGUUUCUUUUUGCCUAUUGUGAUCACAGAAUGUACAGUCUGUCACUGUCCAGUGUGGUAUUUAUUUGUUUGCCAAAAGUCACGUCUUUCUUUUUGUUUGUUUUUGUUUCAAUGCCAUUGAUCCUUGACUUUUAAAAUGUUUUUGUUUACAUGUGUGUGUGGGUCUGGCUGGAUUCCCAGAGCACUCCUGGGCUGUGAAGGCCAGGCCCCCUCCCCUGGUCCUGAGUGAAAAAUGAACACUCUCCCAGAUGCGCGACAGUGCCACAGUUCCCAAGCAUGAGUGACCAGGUGAGGGCGCUGUUGGACUGAUGCUCUUGACAAAUUGGGCCUUGGUCAUGAAGCGGUCAUGUGGAUAGUCUUCGAUUUCAGAAGCUAAGAAACCUAGAAGACUAUUUGUAGUUGAUCAUAAAAUCUCUAAUUUGCAAUUGGCUCUCCCCCGUCACCAGUAACUAGUGACAUCACAUUUUCAUUGCCCAAGUCAUUUGGUUUUGAAUGUAUCCAGGCAUUGUACUUCGGUUGGCUGUAGAUGUCACAUUGGUUUGUUGCUACAGCCAACCAAAAAAAUCUGCCAUGGGUUUCAAAUGGCUAAAUGGGCAGAUAAACAGGUGAAUUCUUGGCACAGUGUUUUAGUUCGGUCAUGUUUUUCCUCUUCUUUUAAACAUAACACAAGCUCUAUCUUUUCCAAUGUUUUACAGUGAUCAUUUAUCAGAUAAAACAUUUGUGCAGACGUAACCACCAUAAUCAGAAGUUUAUCCACGUGAUCAUCCUGCAUGAAAACAUGUCUGACUUUGUGUUCAUAAACUAUGUGCAUUCAUCAGUGUGUGUCCACUAGCCCCCUUUCCCUUCUGCUGUCAAUCCUGUCGAGUUUUUGCCUUACCUAGCAGAGAUGUGAAUAGUUGUUUCUAUACAAUGCUAAGCUUCUUCUACGACUAAUGCUGAAAAUACUUUAUAAUUCAUUUAGUGUACAGUAUAAAGAAAAAUCCUGUAAAGUUUUUAAAGAGAGUUAUGUCUAUUGUAAAAUAAAUGUACAUUUUUAUUUAAGCA